AAAGAGAUGGUAUCCACUGGAUCAUUUCCAUCUGCAAAAGAUUCAGAAAAUGCACUGAGGCCAUACCUCACAAGAAAGGAGGAACUCUCACUGAUGCAGGACUGUCUGAUGUGGGGACAGCGAGUUAUCGUUCCAUCAAAUCUGAGACAACGAGUGUUGGAGGAUUUACAUACAGGACAUCCAGGUAUAGUAAAAAUGAAGGCUCUAGCACGUAGCUACAUCUGGUGGCCAAAUAUUGACUCACAAAUUGAAGAGAAAUCAAAGACAUGCAUGUCUUGUCAACAAAAUCAAAAAUCUCCGUGUCUCUCACCUCUUCACCCUUGGGCAUGGCCGGAAGCUCCUUGGCAACGGAUCCACAUCGACUUUGCUGGUCCAUUCGAAGGACGAAUGUUUCUGGUAGUUGUGGACGCACACUCAAAAUGGCCAGAGGUCCAUGUGAUGGAUUCGACAACUUCCUCGAAGACAAUCCAAGUGCUGCGUGGUCUAUUCAGUCGCUACGGUUUACCUGAAACACUAGUUAGUGACAAUGGCCCACAAUUCACUUCCGAUGAGUUUGGAUGUUUUCUGAAAUCAAACGGAGUUAAACACGUCCGCUCUGCACCAUUCCACUCAGCCACCAACGGACUAGCUGAGCGGUUCGUGCAGACUUUUAAACACUCACUUAAAGCAUCUAAAGAACCAGUACCAUUACAGCAGAGAUUAGACUCUUUCUUGUUACAGUACAGGAAUACACCACAUAGCACAACAAAAGAAGCACCUGCUAUGCUAUUCUUGCAUCGCAGAUUGAGGACACGGCUGGAUCUACUGAAACCAAGUGUGAAAAUGACUGUGGAGCAAGCACAGAAAUGCUGGUCAGAGAUUAUCGACGGGGAGAGGAGAAGUGGAAAACCGGUACUGUUUCUUCUCAGUCAGGACCAGUGUCGUACACAGUUCAGGUGGACAGUUCACAAAGCUGGAAAAGACAUGCAGAUCAAAUGUUAG